AACUGCAAAAACCGUGUAUAACUUGAAAAAGUCAAGGUAAAUGUUCCAACGUGCACUAAAGAAUUCAUAAAAUGAUUUCUAUCGGCCCACAAAUCUUGACGGCUACGUGAAAAUCGGUGGUGUGAAAUAAUAGUCGAAGGGAACUGCUCAUAGGCGUAGGCAAGGGGUUCCGCUGAAAAUUACGAGGGAAUAUACGUAUCAGGCCUAACAAUAGAGUUCGAUUAAAGGUUCGACGGAAUAAUUAAAUGGUAACGUGUAAGAUGAGAUUGUGACGAAUCCACGGGUGAAAUUGGUUGGUUGCAAUUGGAAACGGUGCCAAGGCGCAACUCGCAUAUCCGCAGAAUUUCUAUAGCUGUUGCGGUUGCAGGUAGGACAUGCUUGUCCUCGCCAUUUUUAAAAGGAGUACCUCAGUCGCUAAUCAACCGCCGUGGGGUGCGUUUCGGUGUCUCUGCCGGCGGUGAUUGUCACCUCGAACUCGAACUUGCGCGACCUUUUUUUUUUCUUCUGCUUGUCAGAGCCUCGCGAGGGGAUUCCGCGAUGACGACGGUGUGAAGAGGGUUCCAUUGGUUUUUUCUAACGCGCGCAACUGAGGUGUUUAACGAAAAAGGUGUUCAUCGAGGAGGCACCGAACGCGAGAAUCAUGUCCAGCGUAACGCAAAUGUCCAGCGGGCUGAGCAAGCUUAAAAAGAAACAUUUUCGAGUGAAACAUCAAAAGGUUAAGCUAUUCCGUGCGAACGAACCUCUCCUCAGUGUUUUCAUGUGGGGUGUCAAUCAUACGAUAAAUGAACUUAGUCAUGUUAACAUACCAGUAAUGCUCCUGCCAGACGAUUUCAGAGCCUACAGCAAAUUAAAAGUGGAUAAUCACCUUUUUAACAAGGAGAACAUGCCCUCUCACUUUAAAAUUAAAGAGUAUUGUCCAUUAGUAUUCAGAAAUUUAAGGGAAAGAUUUGGUAUAGAUGAUUUGGACUAUAAGGAAUCUAUGACAAGAUGUCGGGCAUUUAAUCCUUCACAAACAGAGAGGCAUUUGGAUUUGACUGGGAAGGCUCGUGAAUUGGUUCACCGUUCUGCUACUGCUCCUUCGAUAACUCUUUCUCCCGCUACUCCCAUUUUUUCACAAAUUCCAGUCCUAAAUAAACCACUACGUUCCUACAGUUUUAAACCAAAGCGUCUGAGAUCACAGCCAAUAUUGGAUGAUCCUUCUGGGAAAAGUGGUGCAAAAUUCUAUCAAUCGUAUGAUAAAUUGUUUAUUAUUAAAACUCUUACAAGCGAAGAAGUAGAAAGGAUGCAUUCAUUUCUGAAACAUUAUCAUCCGUAUAUUGUUGAAAGGCAUGGGAAAACAUUGUUGCCCCAAUAUCUUGGCAUGUAUCGUCUAACAGUCGAUGGAGUCGAACACUAUGUUGUUGCCAUAAGAAAUGUAUUCUCAAAUCACCUAACAACUCACAAGAAAUUCGACUUGAAAGGUUCAACGGUAGAUCGCGAGGCAUCUGAUAAGGAGAAAGAGAAAGAUCUGCCAACUUAUAAAGACAAUGACUUUGUCAAAGAAGGGAUGAAAAUUUAUAUAGGCGAAGAAGCAAAAGGAAAACUCAUAGAGACAUUAACUGCCGAUGUCGACUUUCUGACACGAUUGCACUUAAUGGACUAUUCCUUAUUACUCGGUUUACACGAUUGUGCAAGAGCUGAACAAGAGAACAGGGAGCGUGCGGAGCGGGAGGAAGAAGAGGAAAAUCACGAAGAUGAAGAAGAUAGUGAGUCUGGAAGCGGACUAGAUUCUCGAGGUCCAAUGGGAGACCGUUUAUGGGGUUGGUGUGGUGUUGCUGGCAUGGCAACACCACCUGAAUCACCUCAUGCUCCGUUAAACCGCGAUACCAGUAUACAAUAUGAAGAUGCAAUAAUUCCUCAAUUAGAUAUUUAUGCAAUCCCUAGUAAAGAAGGUGCACCUACAAAGGAAAUUUAUUUUUUAGCCAUAAUAGAUGUACUAACACAUUACGGUGUUCGUAAACAAGCAGCGAAGGCAGCUAAGACAGUGAAAUAUGGUGCUAACGUCGAUGGUAUUUCAACCUGUGAUCCAGAACAAUACGGCAAGCGAUUUAUAGAGUUCAUGAGCAAAGCUAUAGAAUAAGCUCGUUGUUCGUUGUUGCUAUGCUUGUAAAUUUGGAUCGCUCGUUUGGAAAUUGUGACGAUAUUGUCGUUUUUAACCGAGACAAAACAUCACUGAUGUUUUUGCGUUCACCUAUAAGGGAAAGUUUAGUGCAUUGAAUGGUUUGUUCUUCGCACGUUGAUGUUUGACCACAAAAAAUGUGUGUUUUUCACACGGUGCGUCAAUAAUGUCGUUACCGUCGAGUUGUCUCAGUAUUCCUUACGACAUUCACAACGGAAUUAGAAACGUAACAAAUGAGUUUUGCAACCCGCCGAUCCCAGGAGAUCUUUCAAGAAUUUUUUCGCGGAGGAAUGUUUGUUACCUUUUAUAAAUAGUGACAUAUUUUCUCAGUAUUUUGCUUACGUUUCCACAGUCACGCUUACCGAACCAUCGUGGUUCUUGAUUUCUUGUUCCCACGAAUUUCGCUCUGUCUAUGCUUUGAUUACUUUUGAGUGCAUUAUGUGUACAGACACGCGAAAGCUGCAGAAAUAUCAGAGGAAUUAAUCGCGUUUCUUGAUCGUUUCGUGAGUGAAACGUUACUCAACGUUAUACUCAAAUGGAUACGUCGAUAUGUGUUGGUGUUAUUCGCACAGCUUGCUCCCAGCAAAGCGAUUCGAGAAAAUGAAACAGUCGUUAAAAGCGCUGUGUCACGUGAAACAUUGGCAUCAUCACUGAUGACGACACAAAAAAAAAUCUUAUAUCUUACCUAUGUCAUGUGUCAUUGUUGGUACACAUGAUGUAUAACGAAAGCUGGAUUAAUUAUCGUCGAUCGACGUAAGAUUACAGUAAUUAACACGUAACGCUAGUUUACUGAAAAUUUGAAAAUUAAUGUUGAUGUUACACAUACAUAUAUAAUAACCUCAAGCGAAAACCGUUUGAAGUAUCCCACGAAGGAGCCUACACCUAUGCGUAAAGAGCCUCUCCAGUUUCAUAAAGAAGGAUCAAUAAUG